CCGCCGCCGCCGCAGAAGCAGCGUCCGCACAACUUUCCGGCCCGCGGCGCCGCGAGCGCGCUCCGCCGCCGCCCCCUGCCUCUCCUCCGCGCGCCCUUCCCGCCCCCUUCGCCUCCCCUCUUGCUAGGUGCGGGAAGGAAGGAGCGAUUCAGUCAAGAUGGCUAAAGGUGAUCCCAAGAAACCAAAGGGCAAGAUGUCUGCUUAUGCCUUCUUUGUGCAGACAUGCAGAGAGGAACAUAAGAAGAAAAACCCUGAGGUUCCUGUCAAUUUUGCAGAGUUUUCCAAGAAGUGCUCUGAGAGGUGGAAGACGAUGUCUGGGAAAGAGAAGUCUAAAUUUGAUGAAAUGGCAAAGGCAGAUAAAGUGCGCUAUGAUCGGGAAAUGAAGGAUUAUGGACCAGCUAAGGGAGGCAAGAAGAAGAAGGACCCUAAUGCCCCCAAGAGGCCACCGUCUGGAUUUUUCCUGUUCUGUUCCGAAUUCCGCCCCAAGAUCAAAUCUACAAACCCCGGCAUCUCUAUUGGAGAUGUGGCAAAGAAGCUGGGUGAGAUGUGGAAUAACUUAAGUGACAGCGAGAAGCAGCCAUACAUCAACAAGGCAGCAAAGCUGAAGGAGAAGUAUGAGAAGGAUGUCGCAGAUUAUAAGUCUAAAGGGAAGUUUGAUGGUGCCAAGGGUCCUGCUAAAGUUGCCCGGAAAAAGGUGGAAGAGGAAGAUGAAGACGACGAGGAGGACGAGGAGGAGGAGGAGGAGGAGGAGGAGGAUGAAUAAAAAAAACUGUU